AGAGAGGAGGGAGUCCCUCCCUCUAAAAGAGACAGAGAGAGCCAGGACAAAGCUCAGAGGAACCAACCUGGACCUGAACCCAGCUGUCUUUCCUUCAAGAGUGACCAGUCGAUGCCUUUUUAUAUUGAGUUUAAAGAAGGCUGCUGUUCUCAUGCAGAGAGGUUGGACCAGCAGAGCUCAGAAGUUCCCAAUGAUCAGUCUGCCCAGCAGGAUCAAACACAGCUGGACUCCAUAUUUAUGCUUUUGGAGGAAAACAUCAUCAGCUUUGUGAAGAAUGAGCUGGGGAAGAUCCAGAAGGUUCUGAGUCCAGAUUAUACGGAAGCCUUAGAGAGUCAGAGGGAGGAUGAAGAUGAUGACCAGAAGUCGAGCAGAAAGGCAUUUGUUGAGAUCACAAUGUACUUCCUGAGGAAAAUGAAACAUGAGAAGCUUGCUGAUCAUCUACAGAGCCGAACUUGCACUAGGGAUUAUAAAUGGAGCCAGCGUGAAAUUAAAUCUAAUCUGCAGAAGAAGUUCCAGUGUGUGUUUGAGGGGAUUGCUAAAGCAGGAAACCCAACCCUUCUGAAUGAGAUCUACACAGAACUCUACAUCACAGAGGGAGGGACUGCAGAGGUCAAUGAUGAACAUGAGGUCAGACAGAUUGAAACAGCAUCCAGGAAAUCAGACAGACCAGAAACAACAGUCAGACAAGAGGACAUCUUUAAACCUUCAUCUGGAAGAGGUAAACCAAUCAGAACAGUGCUGACAAAGGGUGUGGCUGGCAUUGGGAAAACAGUCUUAACACAGAAGUUCACUCUAGACUGGGCUGAAGGGAAAGCCAACCAGGACAUCCAGUUCAUAUUUCCAUUCACUUUCAGAGAGCUGAAUGUGCUGAAAGAGGAAAAGUUUAGCUUGGUGGAACUUGUUCAUUACUUCUUUACUGAAACCAAAGAAGCAGGAAUCUGGAGGUUUGAAGACUACCAGGUUGUGUUCAUCUUUGAUGGUUUGGAUGAGUGUCGACUUCCUCUGGACUUCAACAACACAGCAACCCUGACUGAUAUUACAGAGUACACUUCAGUAAAUGUUCUGCUUGCAAAUCUCAUCAGGGGGAACCUUUUUUCCUCUGCUCGCAUCUGGAUAACCACACGACCUGCAGCAGCCCAUCUCAUCCCUCCACAAUGUGUUGAUAUGGUGACAGAUGUCAGGGGGUUCACUGAUCAACAGAAGGAGGAGUACUUUAAGAAGAGAUUUAGAGAUAGGAAGCAGAGAAAAAGGAUCAUCUCCCACAUCAAGACAUCACGAAGUCUCCACAUCAUGUGCCACAUCCCAGUCUUCUGCUGGAUCACUGCUACAGUUCUGGAGGAUGUGCUGGAAACCAGAGAGGGAAGACAACUACCCAAGACCCUGACUGAGAUGUACAUCCACUUCCUGGUGGUUCAGGCCAAAGUGAAGAAGGUCAAGUAUGAUGGAGGAGCUGAGACAGAUCCACACUGGAGUCCAGAGAGCAGGAAGAUGAUUGAGUCUCUGGGAAAACUGGCCUUUGAUCAACUGCAGAAAGGAAACCUGAUCUUCUAUGAAUCAGACCUGACAGAGUGUGGCAUCGAUAUCGAAGCAGCCUCAGUGUACUCAGGAGUGUUCACACAAAUAUUUAAAGAGGAAAGAGGACUGUAUCAAGACAAGGUGUUUUGCUUCAUUCAUUUAAGUGUUCAGGAGUUUCUGGCUGCUCUUCAAGUCCAUCUGACCUUCAUCAACUCUGGAGUAAAUCUGCUGGAAAAAAAACAAAUAACGUCCCAGAAGUCUGAAACAAGCGAGCCUACAUUCUUCUACCAGAGUGCUGUGGACAAGGCCUUACAGAGUCCAAAUGGACACCUGGACUUGUUCCUGCGCUUCGUCAUGGGUUUUUCACUCCAGACCAACCAAAGUCUCCUGCAAGGCCUGCUGAUACAGACUGAAAACAGCUCACAGACCAAUCAGAAAACAGUUCAGUACAUCAAGAAGAUGAUCAAUGAGAAUCUGUCUGCAGAGAAAAGCAUCAAUCUGUUCCACUGUCUGAAUGAACUGAAUGAUAGUUCUCUAGUGGAGGAGAUCCAACAGUCCCUGAGUUCAGGACUUCUCUCCACAGAUGAGCUGUCUCCUGCUCAGUGGUCAGCUCUGGUCUUCAUCUUACUGUCAUCAGAAAAAGAUCUGGAUGAAUUUGACUUAAAGAAAUUCUCUGCCUCUGAGGAGGCUCUUCUAAGGCUGCUGCCAGUGGUCAAAGCCUCCAACAAAGCUGUACUGAGUGGCUGUAACCUCUUGGAAAGAAGCUGUGAAGUUAUGUCCUCAGUUCUCAACUUCCACUCCUCUACUCUGAAAGAGCUGGACCUGAGUAACAAUGACCUACAGGAUUCAGGAAUGAAGCUUCUGUCUGCAGGACUGGAUAGUUCUCAAUGUACACUAGAAACCCUCAGUGUGUCAGGCUGUCUGAUCACAGAGGAAGGCUGUAUUUCACUAGCUUCAGCUCUCAGCUCCAACCCCUCCCAUCUGAAAGAGCUUGACCUGAGCUACAACCAUCCAGGAGACUCAGGAAUGAAGCUGCUGUCGGUUGGACUGAAGGAUCCACGCUGGAGACUGGAUACUCUCAGGGUGGAGCCUGCUGGAGUCCGAUGGUUGACACCAGGUCUGAGGAAGUAUUCCUGUCAACUCACAAUCGACACAAACACAGUAAACAGAAAACUCCAACUGUCUGAAAACAACAGGAAGGUGACAGGUGUGGAUGAAGUUCAUUCAUAUCCGGAUCAUCCAGACAGAUUUGAUAUCCGCCCAGAGUUGCUGUGUGAAAAUGGUUUGACUGGUCGCUGUUACUGGGAGGUCGACUGGAGAGGAAACGUUCAUAUAUCAGUGAGUUACAGAGGAAUUGGAAGGAAAGGAGACUCUACAGAUUGUUUGUUUGGAUUUAAUGAUCAGUCCUGGAGUCUGAGGUGCUCUGAUGAUGGUCCUCGUCAUAUCUGGCAUAAUAACAAAUCAAAGUCCAUCUCCUCUUCCCCCUCCGUCUCUAACAGAGUAGGAGUGUAUGUGGACUGUCCUGCUGGCACUCUGUCCUACUACAUAGUCUCCUCUCACACUCUGAUCCACCUCCACACCUUCAACACCACAUUCACUGAACCUCUUUAUCCUGGUUUUUAUGUUUGGCCUGGUGCUUCAGUGUCUCUUUGCCAAGUUGAGUGUAAAGAGUGUCCUCCUGUUAGAGAAACACUCUGACUGUUGAACAGAUAGUUCAGUGUGUACAUGUCUGUCUCUUUUACUCAGAUGUUUUCAGAUUCACAGAUUCAAUCCGUUGAUGUUUUAAACUGUUCUAAAUGAUUCCUUGUAAACUUCUUCCUCUUCAGUCCUUUAAAGAUGGAAGCUACUAUUAUUCCAGGAUCCACAUGUUGUUUUUCUGUCUUUACGGUGAAUAUUAGUAUAAUGUUUGUUUCUGAAGCUUAGUUCACAAUGUGAACUCUGCAUUUUCAACAAGUCUGAGCUCAUGAAAAUGAAUCCAAAUGUUUGAUUUCUCUUUCUGAGUGUGAUUUUUCCACACUGUCCGCGUGCUCUUACUGUUUCAAUCAUUUUUGAAAAUGUUUCAGGCAUAAGGGGAAAAUAUUGGCUAAGUAGUUUUUAAUGGGGUUUUGACCAUAAUAUGUUUGUAUUAAGUGGCAUGCAUUAUAAUAACAUAUCUAAUACAUUGCAAAGACUUCAUUAACUUAUUGAAACUAGUCUCGCCUUUUUCUCAGAGACAUAUCGAGGUAGAAUUUGGUACACUAUGUAGGUAACAGCUUGAUUAUGAUAUUUAUAGAAAUAUAUAAAUAUGCCUGUAUAGAAUUGCAUAUGUUGUGUAUCUGUUUAGUUUGUGAUAGUUUUCAUGUUUGAUACAAAGGGUUCUGGUGGUGAAUCUGGUGUAAUUUGGUGAUAGACAUUAGUGGGUUUUUUUGGGGGGGGGGGGGUUGUAAUAAAACAUUGCAUCGAAAACGAA